GAAAGACGUUACAUUUAUAUUAAAUAAUCUAGAAAUUUAUUUCGCGCAAUCAAAAUAUUUGAUUGCAGUAAACCGAUUGUAAAAAAGGAAAACGCUAAUUUUAUUAAUUUAAAAUGUACGGGAAGGAAAAUAGCGUAACGACGAACAAAGUAAUAAGAAACAGUAAAAAUUACCAUUUACGAUUUCUCGAUGAUUUCUACAAUCAAUUUCCAGCCUUCACCGAUGUGUUUGACGAAGAAACUUGGUAUGUCUUUGUCAUUUGUUUUGUAGCAGGUACUGUUCUGAUGGCAUUUAUUCUUUCGAAGUAUGUAACUAUAAAAGCUGUUGAGUAAGAUCGUGUAUAACGAAUUCAGUUUGUAAGAUGUUUUGUAUUCCUUGUCAAACUAUAUUUCUUCAUGUCUUGAUUUUUUUGACGCGUCGCAACCAUGUAAACCUUUCAAUAAAAAGUAUAAUAUAAAUUCAAUAUAAAUGUAAUAAGAGUGAGAAACAUUCUGUGCUAAUUACUAUUGUAACAGAUACAACUUCGUAAAAAAUAUAUAUUGUCAUAAAUCGUUUGUGCCGAUAAUAAAAUGUUAUUUAAAAAAUGUAUCGUCUGGUCGUUUAAGUUAUGGCACUAGUCUAACAACUUAUCUCGUAACAAAACUUGAAGAACUUCAGAUGAUUAGCAACUGAUUUUUGGAUGGUGUGUAAAUUUUAGAUUAUUUUUUACUUAUUUACA